CCUCAACGCUCUCAGCCAGUUUUCACAGCAGAAUUACUCCAUCCCUCUGAUCAUUUUCAUGUCCUACGCUGGAUUUGCUCCAACAUGUCCAUGUCCUCCUUAUUUUGGGGGCUCCGGAGCUGAACGUGGUACUACAGGUGGGGCCUCACAAGAGCAGAAGGUAAAGAAGUAAAAUGAAGUAUAAAAUAGUAUUAAUGAAUGAAGUAGUAUAGGAUGAAUUGUGGAAAAGAGGUAAAAUGAAGCGGUUUGCUGGACAUUGUUCAUUCGAUGUCUGUACUGAAGUGGCAAUUUUAUUUAUAUUAUCCUAUAAAAUUCUGUAAUGUAAAUACAAAUCAAUGCAAUGAGCUCACAGGCUCCCCCUGCCGGACGUUGCCCUAUGCACAGCACAUUUUUGGCUUUUGCUUAAGAACGUUCCUUUAACUCUGCUAUUUUGAUCUCCCUUACAGCUGCAAAAACCUUGUUUUGCUGUGAUUUUUAUGUUACUUGAAACACAAGUUUGCUUAAAUUAUUUUUUACUGUAAUAUUUUAAUUCUUUUCUACUCUCAUUUGUUCAGAUAUAUUAGGUAAUUUCUCCUAUGGGAUGCCUGAGAAUGAAGCUGCAAGCAUGAGUUUUUCCUCUUGUUGUUUCUUCAGCCUGCUGCCUGAAAAUUAAUUUUCUAAGCCUGGAAGCCUGUGGGCUUUUGCUAGAUGUGUGCUUAGUUUCACUGUGACUGUGUUUAAGGAAAAUAUUAAUAUUUUUAAAGGAACAACACUGGUAUCUUCUUUUACAAAGCCAAAGUGUCAAGCAGAAGAUGUCAGACAGUCAUUCAGUGAAGCUCAAUAUUCUUAAAAAAAAUAGAUUAACAUCUCCCAGCGGCAAUUUUAAUUACUCAGAUUUUAAAGACAUGUGUUGCACUUCAGCAUUUCUGGACAGCAGAUGCAAAGAGUCAGUAAAAGAUCCUGAUGCAGAACAUAAAGAAGCACCAAGUGUAACAAGUAUAUCGUUGCUACAAGGGCACUCUGAGCACAUUAAUCCAAAUGCCUUCGUUCCCGUGUCAUUAUCUAUUGAAAAAGAACUGAAUUCUAUUUCCAUAUCAGAAGAAAGAGAAGCAAAUGGAAGUGCAGAUGUUUUCGAAAGUCCUAAAUCAAGUAGAAAAAGCUCUUCACUACGCAGGAGGCUGCUUUUACCCAAGACUGUUGAAGCUGGCACAACUGUAGAAAGCUGUGAAAGGCAAGCUAAUUCUGCAGGAAGCAUCAGGAAAAAAAAAUUCUCUUCUGUUUUGAACUCUGAAGAAAAAGUUUCAAAAACUACUGCAGAUUCUCCAAAAGAUAAAAGUUACAAACCUCUGACAACUAGCACUUCAAAACCUGAAGGCUCUAAUCCUCGUUUCUCAAAAUGGAGAAUUUCCUUUUCACAACAAAGGACUUCUACAGUAGAUGAGUCCCAGUGUAAGGGCCCCUUAUUGCUAGAAUCAGAAAGUUUAUCUCCAAUUCAGUGUAAGGAUGUAAUUGUUAGUAAUGCAAAUGAGUUCAGUGGAAGUGUUCUUGUGAGAGUUAGUGACGGGGUGCUUAGGACUCUUACUUACAAUGAGGCCAAUGAAAGUAAAUUCCUGACUUCUAUCAACAGUCCUGUGGAGAACUUGAAUUUUGGACUAUGUGAUAUAAACUCUCCCCCUGUUAAGGUGGCAAAUUACCCAGACCUUUCAACUCCUGAGGAUAGUGGAUAUAAUUCACUUCCUUUGGACAAAUCGGGAGACUCAUUGUCUGAUCAUGAGGGAUCUUUCCAAGAGCUCUUCCAAAAGCACAAAGAAGAUUCCAAAAUUCUAGAUAAUAAAAGAAAGACAAGAAAACUUGAACGAGUUAGAAGGUUAUCCACUCUUCAGGAACAGGGCUCACAUUCAGAGACAGAAGAUAAUCAUGGCAGUCCUACUUCAAUGCAUAUAUUAACAGAAGAAAGAAAUUUUGUCAGGGAAGAUCAUGAAUUAAUUCUAAAAGAACAGCCUAGUAGAGACCUGGUUGUAAGUCAUGGAGAUCUCUCAAGAACUCCAGCUCUGAAAAUAGUUCAUGAAAUUUGCUUGCAAAGACAAAGAUCGGACCAAAAGCAAAUAUCAGAGAAUAUUGAUGGAACAGAAAUAUUUGCAUUAGAUCAUGUUCUUCCUGGACUUAUUGGCAAGAAAAUGGGCCUUGAAAAAUUAGAUAUUUUAACAGAAUUAAAAGACAGAAAUUUAAAACACGUUCUAGCUAUAGUUUUAGAUGCUUUGACAGUGGAAAGUCUAUGCAGCAUUUGGAAAGUAAGCAAAAGCUGGCGUGAAAUUGUUGUACAAGAUAAAAGGGCAGAUAAGAAGAGAAAGUUGUACAUAAAACAGCAGAAAGAAGAAGCUGGGGAAUAUUUAUUAAAGGCUGAAGAUGCUGCCACAAGACUUAAUAUUCUCAAUAGAUCUGCUCUAAGGCCUGUUCAAGCUCAAGCCAGAACUCCUGUACUACAAACCCCACCUUCGUACACUGAAAUUACCCCCAGUAACACAAGUUACUCAGCCAGCAGACAGGAAGAAUACCUCAAAGUUGCUAAAACUCUGUUCACUGAUGAAGCUCUAAAACCCUGCCCAAGAUGUCAAUACCCCGCUAAAUAUCAGCUGGUAAAGAAUCGGGGACUCUGUAGCAGAGAGGCAUGUGCAUUUGAGUUCUGUAUUUUAUGUCUGCAUGCCUUCCAUGGGUCAAAAGAAUGUAACAGUUUAUCUGCAAAACGGAAGAACAAAAAAGAUGCUCCCCCAGGAAGUGCCCAAAGCAAAAGAAAUUUAAAAAGACUCUAAAUUUGUAAGGCAUGCAACUCCUUGCAUUUAAUUCCCCUUCCCAUAAAUUCCUAAUCUUGUUCCUUUUAAUAUAUUUUAUUUCUUUAUAUUUCGUAUAAAGAUAUGCAUUUUGAAAGUUUCAUUCAACUUGUUCUUGCUGACUUACCAAGAUAACUUCUCAUGUAUAUAUCUUAAUCAAUAUAGUAUAUUUUUGUUUUUUAAAAAAUGAGCAUUUAAAAAUACUUUGUCUUUUACUUGUUGUGUAGUAGCUAGGCACUUACUAACAUCUUAAUUUUUAAAUAAAGUAUCUUAUAUGUAGUCUGUAUUAUUUAUCUUACAACAACUCUUAGAUGUU